AUGGCUCUGACCGUGUGUGUACGGCGACUGACAGGGCUGCCGGGCAGCCAUGACCGACAAGUGGUCAACUGCAGCCGUGUGUUCAGCCCCAGGUCUCUGGGGACCCUGGUGAUCUCCCUGCAGCAGCUACAGAGUGCCGGGCAUUUGGUGGUCCAGGUGGAGCUUGAACUGAAGUACCAGCCCCCAGAGGGUGCAACUGGAGCCUGGGCGGAAGAGGACUUUGGGGCAUCCAUCCGGGACAGCUCAGAGCUGAUCAUCCCCAAUGUGGGUUUCCAGGAGCUGGAGCCUGGGGAGGCCCGGCUGGAGCGCCGGGCAGCAGCAUUGGGCCGCAGGCUAGCUCAAGGCCUAAGUCAGCAGGAUGAUGAAGACAAUGAGCUGGAGCUGGAGGACGAGCCUGAUGUGGAGCUUUCCGGCGUAGUGUUCAGCCCCCUCAAGAGAGGCAAACCAAGACAGAAGUACUCAGAAUCCAAAAGUUCAGAGGAAGAAGAGAUCUUAUCCCCAGCACAAAGCAAGAGUGUGUGUGUGGUGGAGGGAAGAAGUGAAGUGAGAGCUGACCUUAACCCUCUCUGCAGCCGAGCACGGGGCCUGGCUCGUGGGGAUCCCUUCCAGGUGUCCAGAACCCGGGACUUCCAGGUGGGGGUCACGGUGCUGGAGGCCCAGAAGCUGGUGGGAGUCAACAUUAACCCCUAUGUGGCCGUGCGUGUUGGGGAGCAGCGCCGAGUGACCGCCACACAGCACGGGACCAACUGCCCCUUCUACAACGAGUACUUCUUGUUCGAAUUUCAUGAGACCCAGCUUCACCUCCAAGACUUGCUGCUGGAGAUCACGGCUUUUCAUUCGCAGACCCUCCCCUUUAUGGCCGCCCGGAUAGGCACCUUCAGGACGGACCUGGGCAUUAUCUUCGACCAGCCAGAUGGCCACUUCUACCAGAAAUGGGCUCCGCUGCACGACCCUCGGGACACUCGCUCCGGGACCAAGGGCUUCGUCAAGGUCACUUUGUCCGUGAAGGCGCGCGGGGACCUGCCCCCUCCGCUGCCACCCCCGAGCCCGUGGCACAGUUCGGACAUCGAGAAGAACUUGCUCCUGCCGCGGGGGGUGCCGGCCCACAGGCCGUGGGCGCGGCUGCGAGUACGCGUGUACCGCGCGGAGGGGCUUCCCGCGCUGCGCCCCAGCCUGCUGGGCAGCCUGGCCCGUGCCCUGCAAGAUCGGCGCGUGCUCCUGGACCCCUACGUGCGGGUGUCUUUCCUGGGGCAGCAGGGCGAGACGUCCGUAGCGGGGGAGGCGGCGGCGCCCGAGUGGAACGAGCAGCUGAGCUUCGUGGAGCUCUUCCCGCCGCUGACACGCGGCCUACGUCUGCAGCUGCGGGACGACGCGCCCCUGGUGGAUAUGGCCCUCGCCACGCACGUGCUGGACCUGAGGCAGAUCUCACACCCGGGCCGCGCGGCGGGGUUUAACCCCACCUUCGGCCCGGCCUGGGUGCCUCUCUAUGGCUCGCUCCCCAGCGAGGGGCUCCGGGAUGGUCUUCAAAGUCUCAAUGAAGGCCUUGGCCAAGGCAUUUGGUUCCGCGGCCGCCUGCUGGUGGCUGUGUCCAUGGAGGUGUUGGAGGCGAGAGCUGAACCUGAGCCUACCCAGACCCCACAGGGGUCGAGGUUGCCCCGGCUCAUUGGAAAGAAGAAAAAAGCCAGGCGAGGCCAGACUCCAACGGGGAUUCCACAGCGCGGGGAUGCCAGCUCCAGUGCUGAUGGGCCCGAGAUUCCUAGUGCCAUGGAGGUGGAGGUGGAGGAGUUGCUGCCGCUGCCAGAGAACUCCCUGGCACCCUGCGAAGAUUUCCUGCUCUUCGGUGUGCUCUUCGAGGCCACCAUGAUUGACCCCACCCUGGCCUCCCAGCCCAUCAGCUUUGAGAUCUCCAUUGGUCGUGCAGGCCGCCAGGAGGAGCAAAUGGGCCGAGGGUCCAGGGCCAAAGAGGGAGCAGAGGGUGCAGCGGGGGAGGCGCAGCCUCUGCUGGAGUCGGACGUGGGAGUCCGGCCGGUGGAGGAGGUGGAGCUGAGGACCCCUGCUCAGUGGCCUGAGCCUGUGGAUGGCAGCGGGCCAUAUCUGUGCUUGCCCCUGCAUCACCGCAAGCCGUGCGUGCGCGUGUGGAGCCGCUGGGAGGAUCACACGUGGCGCCUGCAGAGCAGUAACUGCGUGAGGAAGGUGACCCAGAGGCUGGACCAAGGGCUGCAGGAGGCUGAGACUCUGCAGCGCAGGCCGGGGCCCGGCGCCUGCACUCGACUCAAGCAGGCGCUGGAAGAGCUGGUGGCUGGGAGCAGACAGUUUUGCCACGGUGCUGAGCGCAGAACAAUGACCCGGCCUAAUGCCCUGGAUCGAUGCCGAGGGAAACUGCUGGUGCAUAGCCUGAACCUGUUGGCAAAGCAAGGACUGCGGCUUCUACGGGGCCUGAGACAGGGCAAUGUGCAAAAGAAGGUGGCACUGGCCAAGAAGCUCCUGGCAAAAUUGCACUUCCUGGCCCAGGAGCCCCAGCCACCCCUCCCGGAUGUGCUAGUCUGGAUGCUCAGUGGGUGGCGCCGUGUGGCCUGGGCCCGGAUCCCUGCCCAGGAUGUGCUGUUCUCUGUGGUUGAGGAGGAACGGGGCCGAGACUGUGGGAAGAUCCAGAGUCUGCUGCUCACAGCACCUGGGGCAGCCCCUGGUGAGGUCUGUGCCAAGCUGGAGCUCUUCCUGUGGCUGGGGCUGGGCAAGCAAGCCAAGGCCUGCACCUCAGAGCUCCCCCCAGACCUGCUGCCUGAGCCCUUGGCUGGGCUGCCCCACAGCCUGUACCGUGAUGACUUCAGCUACUUCCAGCUCUGGGCUCACUUAUAUCAGGCCCAAGGUGUGUUGGCAGCAGAUGACAGUGGACUCUCGGACCCCUUUGCUCGAGUCCUCAUCUCUACCCAGUGCCAGACCACCCAGGUCCUGGAGCAGACGCUGAGCCCGCUGUGGGAUGAGCUCUUGGUGUUUGAUCAGUUGAUCGUGGACGGGAGAAGGGAGCACCUGCAGGGGGAGCCUCCACUGGUGGUCGUCAACGUCUUUGACCACAAUAAGUUUGGUCCCCCUGUGUUCCUGGGCAGAGCACUGGCUGCACCGAGGGUAAAGCUGACAGAGGACCCUUACCAGCGCCCUGAGCUGCAGUUCUUCCCCCUGAGGAAGGGGCCCCUGGCAGCCGGAGAGCUCAUCGCCACCUUUGAACUCAUUGAACUGGACUACAGUGGCCACCUUGAGCCCUCAGUGCCCAGUGAUGUGGAGCCCCAGAACCUGACACCCCUGGUCGAGCCCCUCUCCGGACGCCCGUCCCUGCCACCUAAUGUGUGUCCAGUGCUCAAGGAGUUCCGUGUUGAGGUGCUGUUCUGGGGUCUGAGGGGCCUUGGCCGUGUGCAUCUCUUCGAGGUAGAGCAGCCCCAGGUUGUGCUGGAGGUGGCUGGGCGACGUGUGGAGUCCGAGGUCCUGGCUAGUUACCGUGAGAGCCCCGAUUUCACCGAGCUCGUCAGGCAUCUGACGGUGGCCUUGCCGGAGCAGCCUUACCUGCAGCCCCCACUCAGCAUCCUGGUGAUUGAGCGCCGGGCCUUUGGCCGCACAGUGCUUGUGGGUUCCCACAUUUUUCCCCACACGCUGCGAUUCACACUCCACGGUCAUGAGGAUCCCCCUGAGGAGGAAGGACAGGAGGAGACAGGGGACUUGGUGCCUAAAGGACCUCAAGGACAGAAGUCCCUGGAUCCCUUCUUGGCUACAACAAGUUUACCCAGACGGCUUCUGAAGGCUCCUCUGAAGAAGCUACCCCUGGGAGGCCUCCUGAAUCAAGGCCCAGAGCUGGAGGAGGACAUCCCAGAUCCUGAAGAGCUCGACUGGUGGUCCAAAUACUAUGCAUCACUGCAGGAGCUCCAGGGGCAGACCAACUUUGAUGAGGAUGAAAUGGAUGAUCCUGGGGAUUCAGAUGGGGUCAACCCCAUUUCUGUGGAUGAGGAAGCCCAAGACCAGGGUGAGGCUGAAGUCAAAGGCUCCAUGUCCCAGAAAAAAGCAAUCACCACCCUGAAGAUUUACAACAGCUCCUUGGAGGAAGAGUUUAACCACUUUGAAGACUGGCUGAAUGUGUUUCCCCUGUACCGAGGGCAAGGGGGCCAUGAUGGAGAUGGAGAGGAAGAAGGGUCUGGACACCUCGUAGGCAAGUUCGAGGGCUCCUUCCUCAUUUACCCUGAAUCAGAGGCAGUGUCGUUCUCUGAGCCCUAGAUCUCCCGGAGGAUCCCACAGAACCGGCCCAUCAAGCUCCUGGUCAGAGUAUAUGUUGUAAAGGCUACCAACCUGGCUCCUGCAGACCCCAACGGCAAAGCAGACCCCUAUGUGGUUGUGAGCGCUGGCCAGGAGCGGCAGGACACCAAAGAGAGCUACAUCCCCAAGCAGCUGAACCCCAUCUUUGGAGAGGUCCUGGAGCUCAGCAUCUCUCUCCCCGCUGAACCGGAGCUGACAGUGGCUGUGUUUGAUCACGACCUUGUGGGUUCUGACGACCUCAUCGGGGAGACGCACAUUGAUCUGGAAAAUCGAUUCUAUAGCCACCACAGGGCGAACUGUGGGCUGGCCUCCCAGUAUGACGUGGAUGGGUACAAUGCCUGGCGUGAUGCAUUCCGGCCUUCGCAGAUUCUGGCAGGGCUGUGCCAACGCUGUGGCCUCCCUGGCCCUGAAUACCGAGCCGGGGCUGUCAAGGUGGGCAGCAAAGUCUUCCUGACAUCGCCUGAGACCCUGCCUCCAGGUAGUGGGGGCCCCAAGGUGGCAAGUGAGGUCUCUGAGGAGGCCCAGGCACUGCUGGUGCUGCGGCGCUGGCAGGAGAUGCCGGAGCUUGGGAUCCAGUUGGUACCUGAGCAUGUAGAAACACGGCCCCUCUACCAUCCCCACAGCCCGGGGCUGCUGCAGGGGUCACUUCACAUGUGGAUUGACAUCUUCCCCCGCGAUGUGCCCGCCCCACCCCCAGUUGACAUCAAGCCUCGGCAGCCAAUCAGCUAUGAGCUCAGAGUCAUCAUCUGGAACACGGAAGAUGUGGUUCUGGAUGACGUGAACCCACUCACUGGAGAGAUGUCAAGUGACAUCUAUGUGAAAAGCUGGGUGAAGGGGCUGGAGCACGACAAGCAGGAGACAGACGUCCACUUCAACUCUCUGACUGGGGAGGGGAACUUCAACUGGCGCUUCGUGUUCCGCUUCAACUACCUGCCCACGGAGCGGGAGGUGAGCGUCCGGCGCAAGCCCGGACCCUUCGCCCUGGAGGAGGCCGAGUUCCGGCAGCCGGCCGUGCUGGUCCUGCAGGUCUGGGACUAUGACCGCAUCUCCGCCAACGACUUCCUUGGUUCCCUGGAGCUGCAGCUACCAGACAUGGUGCGGGGGGCCUGGGGCCCCGAACUCUGCUCCGUGCGGCUGGCCCAGGACAGGGCCCAGCCGAGGUGCAAUCUGUUUCGCAGCCGCCGCUUGCGGGGCUGGUGGCCUGUAGUGAAGCUGCGGGAGCCGGAGGAUGAGGAGCGGGAGCGGCGGGAGGCUCAGGCUGGCAAGAAGAGGCUGAGGAAGAGGAGGAAGGGUCGGCCAGAAGACUUAGAGUUCACAGACCCGGGAGGCCACCUCUACCUCCUCACAGGGAAAGUGGAAGCUGAGUUUGAGCUGCUGACCGUGGAGGAGGCUGAGAAACGGCCAGUGGGGAAGGGGCGGAAGGAGCCUGAGCCCUUGGAGAAGCCCAACCGCCCCAAAACCUCCUUCAACUGGUUUGUGAACCCACUGAAGACCUUCGUCUUCUUCAUCUUGCGCCGGUACUGGCGCAUCCUGCUGCUGCUGCUGCUGCUGGCCUUGAUCACCAUCUUUCUCCUCCUCGUCUUCUACACCAUGCCUGGCCAGAUCAGCCAGGUCAUCUUCCGCCCCCUCUACCAAUCCCAUGACACUGACCUUGGACACUCAUCCCAUACCAACCCCUCAACUCCUGCUCCUGUAAGUCCUUCGCCCUAAUAUGAGCUGAGUUCACUGCUUUCUUUG